AUGGCUGUCAAGAACGUCAACGUUUUCGUCAGCACCUUCGCGGGCUUGGGCCUGCCGUCCACGCUGGUCCUGCCCGUCCCCUCGACAACCUCUAUAUCCGACUUGCGACACCAACUCGACGAGCGUCUGCCUGCGACAGACAACCGGCUGAUUUUAACGACAGUAUCAAACAAGGAGCUCUCUGCGUCAUCAACAAGGCCUGUAUCGGAUCUCCUGUCGUCGAUCAACGAUGACUUUGUUUCUUUGCGACUGUCGGUGCCGCUUUGCGGUGGCAAGGGUGGUUUUGGAUCCCAGCUGCGGGCUGCUGGUGGUCGUAUGUCCUCCAAGAAGAAGCGCAACCAGGGAGAUGCCAACAACUCCAGCCGAAACCUUGACGGCAGACGUCUGCGCACCGUCACCGAGGCCAAGGCCCUGGCUGAGUACCUAGCUAUCAAGCCUGAGAUGGAGAAGAAGGAGAAGGAGAAGCGUCGCGAACGCUGGGAGCAGAUUGUCGAGCUUGCAGAGAAGCGCGAGGAUGAGAUCAAGAACGGCGGCAAGGGCCGCCUUGAUGGCAAGUGGGUUGAGGACAAGGAGGAGUCCAACGAGAGAACCCGUGAAGCUGUGCUUGCCGCCAUCAAAGCCGGAAAGUACAAGGACAACCUGCUCGGCACUUCUCAUGCAUCAGCUAGCUCAGAGGAGGCGGUUGAGGCGAUGUCGAGUGAUGAUGAGGAUGAGGAAGGAAGUAGCUCUAAAGAGUCUACGCCUCCAUCAGAACUGGCAAAGGCACCCAAGGACAAACCGAGGACGUUUUUCGGAUUUGACGAGGAUGACGAGUUCAUGAGCUCUGACGACGACGAAGCCGACGGCAAGAAGAAGUGA